AGAGAAGAUCAAUCAUCUAUGGAGAAAAAGGUGUGGAGCUCUCUUCCUGUGCCUAGUGUUCAGGAGCUGGCGAAGGAGCCACUCACUACAGUUCCACAACGAUAUGUUCGUUCAGACCAAGACCCUCCUUUCAUAUCCAACGCCACUUCUUUUCCACAAGUUCCUGUAAUCGACUUGCAAAAGCUGCUUUCUGGAGACCUGAUGGAUUCAGAAUUAGACAAGCUUCACCAUGCUUGCAAAGAAUUGGGUUUCUUUCAGUUAAUAAACCAUGGAGUGACCAGUUCAUUGGUGGAGAAAGUGAAGGUAGAAACUCAGGAAUUUUUCAAUCUGCCAAUGGAGGAGAAGAAAAAGUAUUGGCAAAAAAAAGGAGAGAUGGAAGGAUUUGGUCAGGCGUUUGUUGUGUCUGAGGAGCAGAAGCUUGAUUGGGCAGACAUCUUCUUCGUGACCAGCCUUCCGAUUCAUUUGAGAAAGCCACACCUAUUUCCCAAUCUCCCUCUCCCUUUCAGAGAAACAUUGGAUGCUUACUCAGUAGAACUAAGAGAUCUUGCUAUGAAAAUCCUGAACCAAAUGGCAAAAGCUCUGAGAAUGGACGCUAAGGAUAUGAACGAUUUGUUUGAAGGAGGGAUGCAGGGAAUAAGAGUGAACUACUAUCCUCCAUGUCCACAACCAGAGCUUGUCACCGGCCUCAAUCCUCACUCUGACGGCGGCGGCCUUACCAUCCUCCUCCAGCUCAACGAGAUGGAAGGCCUUCAAAUCAGGAAAGAUGGAAUGUGGGUUCCUGUUAAACCCCUACCAGAUGCUUUUAUCAUCAACAUUGCAGACGCUUUGGAGGUUUUAACCAAUGGAAUUUACCGUAGUAUUGAGCAUCGAGCAGUAGUAAACUCUGUCAAAGAAAGGCUCUCAAUUGCCACAUUCUACAGCCCCAAAAUAGACGGCAAUAUGGGUCCAGCGCCGAGCCUUGUUACACCAGAGACUCCGGCGUUGUUUGAGAGAACAAGUGUUGCAGAUUACUUCAAGGGAUUCUUUUCCCGCGAACUGCAAGGAAAAUCAUACCUUGAUGUCUUGAGGAUUGAAAAUGAGAACGACAGUUGUUGAGUAAUGUUGAAAUUCAAAGGUUUGGUUUAUCUAUAUAGUUGGUUAAAAAUUGACAGGCAUCUGUUUGAUGCUACAUGAUUUCAUUGUAAUUGAGAGUAAUUCAACCUGGUUAGAACACUGGUCUGUUUUAUGUACAUCCAUGCUGACAUUGCCAAAUCGAUAAUAGGUCUAAAUAAACAAAAACCCGUGAGAAUGACAGGUU